ACCCCAUCACGUUGGGUAGGAGGGGGACGUCCUGCGUAGUGACGGCGCUGCCCCGGUCCGGUGGUGGUGUGACGCAGGCUCGGUGGUGUCCGGUGAAGGUGACCGAUGACUAUCCUCCCGAAGAAGAAACCGCCUCCCCCCUCUGAUAAGGAGGACGGGGACCGGAGCGGCGCCGGUGGAGGGGACUCUCACUCCCGCUCCGGGGCACGGCCCCGCUCCUCGCCGCCCCCGCGCUGGGUUCAAGCUUCGCCGCCCCCCGGUACCGGAGGCCAAGGAGGAGGAGCCGGUUCGGGCCCAGAUGGCGGCUGCGGUUGUUGUAAUGGAACGGGGAUGGGCCCCGGGGGGUGCUGUUCGGGCCCCGGACACAGCAAGAGGCGGAGACAAGCGGUUGGCGGCUCUGUGGGGAGCGCAGGAGGAGGACUCGGAAACCCCGGGGCCGGGAACACCCCUGAUAAAGAGGAAGGGGCCGGGAAUAACAGCGAGGAUGAGUACGAGACGGCGGCCCAGACAGAGACCAUAGACCCCGACACUGCCGAGCAGCCACUUCCUGCAGCAGCCAGUCUGUACACUCCCCUCUGUAGUCUUUCAGAGUCUGCAAAACAUCAACUCCCAGGACUGGUACAAGUGACUCCCAUAGCACGCCCUGAAGCUACAAAGGAUCAUUGGACAUGUAGUAUCAGGACUGGAAAAGAAAAGGAACAGGAAGUCAGAGAACUUAGAAAUUCAGGCAGGGGGAGUGCCAUCGCAGACGCAGAAACCUUCUGUAUACAGCUAAAGCGGCAGGAGAACUGGUUUGCAAAGGCGCUGCAAGAGAAGAAGGGAUUUAUUAUUAAACAGAUGAAGGAAGAUGGCGCUUGCCUAUUCAGAGCUGUUGCUGACCAGGUAUACGGCGACCAGGACAUGCAUGAGGUGGUCCGGAAACACUGCAUGGAUUACUUGAUGAAAAACGCAGACUACUUCUCAAAUUAUGUGACGGAAGACUUUACCACUUACAUUAACCGCAAGAGGAAAAACAACUGCCAUGGCAACCACAUAGAAAUGCAGGCCAUGGCGGAGAUGUACAACCGGCCUGUAGAGGUGUAUCAGUAUGGGACAGAACCAAUCAACACGUUUCACGGAAUCCAGCAAAAUGAAGAUGAGCCAAUCCGAGUGAGCUACCACCGGAAUAUACACUACAAUUCAGUUGUAAACCCCAACAAAGCGACCAUUGGUGUUGGCCUGGGCCUGCCAUCCUUCAAACCAGGGUAUGCAGAUCAGUCUCUGAUGAAAAAUGCCAUUCGCACCUCAGAAGAAUCAUGGAUCGAGCAACAAAUGUUAGAAGAUAAAAAGAGGGCCACAGACUGGGAAGCUACAAAUGAGGCCAUUGAGGAACAAGUUGCUCGGGAAUCUUACUUGCAGUGGUUAAGGGACCAAGAGAAGCAGGCCAGACAGCCACGAAAGGCCACUGCAACCUGCAGUUCUGCUACUGCUGCAGCAUCAAGUGGUCCAGAAGAAUGGAGCGGGCGUUCACCAAGACAGCGCAGCACAGCGGGGUCCCCUGAACAUCCUGAUAUUCAUGGAGAUCAAACGAAGCCGUCUUCCCCCGGAAAUGCCCUAGUGUUGGCAAAACCUCCCUCACCAUGUGCACCAGGCCCAAGCAACUCCGGAGCUGACCGAGCAACUUCCCCCUUGGUGUCUUUGUACCCGGCACUGGAAUGCAGAGCCAUCAUGCAGCACAUGUCCCCCACAGCAUUUGGUCUGAAGGACUGGGAUGACGAUGAAAUACUCGCCUCUGUUUUAGCCGCGUCACAACAGGAAUACUUGGACUCAGUGAAGAAAAACGCCCUGCGGCGGGACCCUUCCCCUGAUCACAGCUGAUAUACACAUUGGACUUCUUCCACUCAUCCCAUUCUCCCGUCUCCAUUUUUUCUCUGCUUGCCUCCCCCUCCUUUCCACCCCUCCUUUCCUCUCCCACCAGUUUAUAACAUGCUCACUUUGUGAUCUCUACAUUGAAUGAUGCUCCUUUUUUUUUUAUUUUUUAUUUUUAUUUUUUUUCUGUAAAUCUACCUUCCCUACUAGCCCUGGAGGACUUGUAUAGCUGCAUGUUCCAGAGAAUAUUGACAGCCCAGUGCCCCAUCCACCUUGACACUUCCAGAUCUCCUUUCCACCGCCUGCAGCAGCUGACCUGGGCUGCUUGACUGGCUCCAGCAGGGGGCUGCUCUGACUUUGCAAUUCCAUCUUUUAGAUAGAUACGAUGGGUGUGCAGAGGGGAGAAUGACUGAACUAGUGGAGCUUUCCACUUUUGUAUCUUCCUGACUUUUUUUUUUUUUUUUUGGUUUCUAUCUUAUCAAAAGGAUGUUCCAAUCACCUAGGAAUAACUUUUUUUCUUAUUAAGAAAGAAGAGAAAAUGGAAAAAAAAAAUUGCAAAAAAAGUCUUAUACAAGAAUGAAUGCGUGCUGUAAGUUAUGUGUUUGGUCUAA